AUGAUUGUGGAGGACGAACGAGGGGCAUAUCUAGACUAUGCCUACGACGAUGCCCCCGCUGGUGCCAUCAUCACACCAGUUGAGGUCUUGCGAGAUGGGUCCUCGAUCUCUUUUGCCGACUUCAUCGAUAAUUUCCAAUCAAUGAGAGACUCGGCUACUCAUUUUCAGUUGCGCAAUGACAUCAUCAAGCACCAAUGGGAGAUCAAAGGUCGACAAGAUGAUGAUGACAAUUAA